ACAUUCCACAAUGCUUGAAGUGUUGGAGGGGGGCAGCAACAUAAACUUGGAAGAGUGUUUGCUGAUAAAUGGAUGACCUGAGACUGUCUGUAACUCCUAGGGAAUGUAACUUGAUAUAAUGUUGCUUUCAAGGAUAUUUUUUAAAAGACCACCAAAUUUACGUGACAUUAAUUCCUAAAUAUCUGACUAUUUAUAAAUGUGGCGUUUGCCAGGUAUUUUAUAAGGAAAAGGAGGAGGAAAACCUGAUUUAAUAAUUGUAGAUUUCCGCAACUGGUGUCAACAUAAAAAAGUGCGUAUUUGUAAUGCAAUUUUACCUACGAAUUUUUUAGCAGAAACGUACAUACAUCGUUCGCAAAAACAUGUUUAUGUUUCUUGUGCCGUUUUAGCACAGUUUGUCAAAACUUUGUGCCAAAUGGGCAUGAUAAUUUCUGUAGAUUUCUUAAAGCAAUGAAAUCCGAGAUUGUGGGUUCUAAGAAAUAAAAUACAACAAAACUUCUCAUUCUCCCUUAAACGACCAUUUAAGAAUGUGACCAGUAUUGUUGAAAAUAUAAUUAAAUAACUAUUAGUGAAUCUCCCUCAUAGUCACUGUUUGAGAUGGUUAUCUCCACAGAACACAUAAAUCAUCUGGAACCAGAGAUGGUGAUCUUGAGAAGGUUUCACUGUAACAACUGCAAGCUUCCAGUUGAAGUGACAAAAUACUGUGAAGAAUCAGAUGACAGUUGCAGUGUAACGGAAGAUUUGGCAUCAGGCGAAGCGGUCAUCGAAUUCUUGCAAACCGAAGAAAAGGCUUCCAGAGGCAUUACCGAGGAGAAAACUGAAACCGCAGAUUACCUUUUAACGUCAGCUUCCAUUCAUGAAAACGAUCCAACACCAAGACUUUCUUCACAGAAACCUUCUGAAUCUAGCCUAUCAUCGUUUAAAACGAAAGUCAAGAAAUUUCACCCAAACUCAGAGCAGCAUACUGAUGUUUCAUCCUCUUAUGCAGAGCUUCAGUCCUCAUCUUCAUGGUCAGGUGAGGACGAGUUUGAACUUUUCGGACGGAGUUUAGCUUCACAAAUGCGACAGUUGCCUCUAGUCUACGCUUUAGAGCUGGAAGCUGAAAUACAGAAUUUGAUAGUCCAGAAAAGAUUAAAGGUACUUCGUAAAACAACAGAGAAAGCAGCACGUGAAACUACUUCUGUUAUUUCAUCUAAAAGACCUGUCCUGUGUACCGUCGAUAUUUCAAAAGAACUGGUAUGAGUUUCAAAGCAGAUGAUGAUGAAUCGCAAUAAAAACGGAGAUUUUUUUUUUACUGUA